UCACCGUAACGCCGCUGGUCCAAUAUCAUAUGUGAAUUUAGGGUUGUUACAUUUAAAAAUUAAUUAACGUUUAAAAUAAUGGUUUAAACAUUUCAAAAACACUAAAAUUUACAUUAGUCUGAUUUAGAAAAUAUGUUUUUUAACAGCAUUGUUAGAAACAUACGACGAUGAUUAACUUGUUUAUCUAUAAUCGUGCUAAUAGUGAACUUAUCAAGUAUUAUGGAAUCAACGUUUUGUAGUUAUUAAACAUAGAAAUGCAGUCUCCAUACUUUAAAAGUCUUCAAUGUAUUUGUACUAUUUCAGAUGAAUUUUUUGCUUAUGAUAAAGAAUUUCAGCAAUGCUUAAAAGGCUGUAAAUGGUCUCCUGAUGGUUCAAGUAUUUUAACUAAUAGUGAAGACAAUAUUCUCAGAAUUUUUAAUCUAGAGGUUGAUGAUUUAAACCAAUGUAUUGGACUACAAAAAAGUUUGCAAUUAAAAGAAGGUGGAACUAUUUAUGAUUAUUUAUGGUGUCCAAAUACUUCAAUUUCUCAUGGAAACAAUAGCCUAAUUUUAUCUACUAGUAAUCGUUCACCAAUACAUUUGUGGAAUGCAAAAAAUGGGAAAUUAGAAGCUACCUAUAGAGUAUAUGAUCAUGUGGACGAAGUGGCUCAUGUUAAUUCCUUGUGUUUUAAUUGGUCAGGAGAGGAAAUUUACUGCGGAAGUCUUGGUAAAAUUAACAUUUUUUAUACAGAUCAACCGGGUCGAAAUUUCACAGAAAUUCCUACUAAGAAAGAUCUUCAUAGAAGUAUCAUAUCAACAAUAGCUAUGAAUCCAGUUGAUAGAAGUGUUUUUGCUGUGGGCACAUAUAGCAAAGAUAUUGGAAUAUAUGGAGGUAAUCAAUUAAUGUAUAUACUGAGAGGUCAUAAAUCUGGCGUAACCCAUGUAAAGUUUUCUCCUGAUGGCCUCAGAUUAUAUUCUGGUGGUAGAAAAGGCGAUGAUGAUAUUGUUUGUUGGGAUUUAAGAAAUGUUGGUCAAACAUUAUUCUCAGUCAAGAGAACAGUUACUACAAAUCAAAGAAUUUAUUUUGAUAUCUCAUCUGAUGGAAAAUUUUUAGUAUCAGGAAAUAGUUCUGGUGACAUAAAAACAUGGAAAUUAGAUCAAAUAAUAAAUACUCAAGAAGACGUUGAAUGUGUUCUCCCACUAAAUUCUAGCAUUCAAACUCAUUAUGACUGUGUUAAUGGUGUAAGCUUACAUCCAUAUCAGCCUUUAGUGGCAACUGCAUCAGGGCAAAGACAUAAUAAUUUUAUUUGUGAUGAUGAUGAAAAUGGAGAAAAAUCAAUUAAUUUUGACAGUUCAUUGAAAAUUUGGAAAAUUAAUUAGUCUUUUCUUUGUUUAUAAUAAAAUCGAAACACUAAAUCUACAACAUUCAAUUAAACAUGUAUUACAGAUUGUGUGAGCCAAUCUUGAAGAGACUUAUGUGUUCUUUCAUAAUAAUCUGAAUUAAUUUCUAUUUCUUUAUAUAAUUUAUUAAAUGUUUUUUGUAAACUUAGUGGUAGAGUUGUU